ACCAUGCGAUUGCGAGUCUUUUAUUAUGUACUGUUCAACUUCCGGUGCGGUGAUGUAGGACCAGGACGCGCAAGUGUUUAGAUGUAUCGUGUUUGCAAUUUUCUUCUGCCAUUGCAAAUAAUUUUUUUCCUUCAAUUUUUAGUGACAGACUGCUCCACAGUUUGCUUUCAGCUGCAGUGAAGGACUUCUGGUGUCAAUGCGCGUUGCUGAAUGAGUCAUGUGACGGCGGCAUGAUCGGAGAUUAGAGACGGUCAACAAGACGAGAAAGAAAGGGCAUCCUGACCUAUUUUGUGCAUGUAGAAGUGGAUCCAUGGGUGUCCUCCGGGCCCUGUCGGUCACCAUGGGAAGGAUCAGCACUUUUAGGUCCUAUCAGAUCAUGCUGCUUCUUGCCGCAGCCUUGGCCGUGGUGGCGUUCUACUACUUUGGCUCUGAAAAGCAGAACUUCUCCAGCACCACCAAGCGGAUCAAGGAAACGCAAGCGAGCCACAACACAAACCGUGAUGAUGCGGAUCUUUCCAUAGACAUCCGGCCCGGACGUCCAGAAAGCAGAACAGGAACUGGAGAUGACCUGGAGGGAAAGCUGUCACGCUUUCAUGCUCUCAUGAUGUUCACCAAGGUUGACAAGAGCUUGAACCUUCAGCAGAAGUUUCAGGUGGCCAUGCGCUCCAUGGUCAAACAUGGACGCUUCUUGGAGGAUGAGAUGCUGGUUCUCCACUACGUCUCUGAUGCGGGCAGUCAGGAGCUGGGGGAGAAGAUGCUUCCUGAACUUCUGCUGGAUGCAACCUUCCUGUACAAGGUGGUGUUUCACAAUGUUGAAGCCCUUACAGAGAAAUUAUUCCCCAUCGUGGAAGCCAUGCAGAAGCACUUCAGUGCAGGCUCCGGCGCGUACUACAGCGACGCCAUCUUCUUCCUCUCGGUGGCCAUGCAUCGCAUCAUGCCUGCAGAACUGAAGCGCAUUGUUCAGUUGGAUCUGGACCUCAAAUUCAGAAGCAACAUCAGAGACCUCUUCCUAGAGUUUAACCAUUUCCCUUCUAAGGCCGUCAUUGGAAUUGCACGUGAAAUGCAGCCAGUUUACAGGCACACAUUCUGGCAGUACCGCAAAGAAAAUCCCAAGUCCCACGUAGGCGACCCUCCACCAGACGGUCUGCCCGGCUUCAACAGCGGCGUAAUGCUUCUGAACCUUGAAGCCAUGCGUCGCUCGACCUUAUACAACCAGCUUCUGGAUCCCGGGCGGAUUGCCCAGCUCGCUGAGAAAUACCACUUCCGAGGGCAUCUGGGCGAUCAGGAUUUCUUCACCAUGAUCGGGAUGGAGCACAGGGAACUGUUUUACCCACUUUCAUGUGGCUGGAACCGACAGCUUUGCACUUGGUGGAGGGAACAUGGGUACGGUGACGUCUUCCAGCUGUACUAUCACUGCGAUGGCCCGGUGCACAUCUACCACGGCAAUUGCAACACUCCUAUACCUGAUGAUUGAGGGUUUUCGAAUGCUAAAUUUUUGAUUAAACUCGAGUUUUUGUUUGCACAUCUUGAACAAACCAUUUAAAAUCAAGUGGACCGAGGCAGAAGUGACUCGUUGUUACAGGUGCUAAUAGGGUAGCAUUCCCAUGCCUACCACAUUUAGACUAUAUACUCCAGCCAUUACCACAUUAAUCAUUCAACACACUUGAGGCUGUUGAUGCCUUUCCAAAGUUGCUGAAAGAGAUGCUUUAAUACUGGUUCUUUUUCUCUUUCUAAAUUAUUCAGCACUCUCUCGGUAGUUUCCUCAAUCAGGUGUCUCACCGAAAUGCUCUUAGACUGCAGGUUUGGAAGGAGCCAAUCAGAGCGCCUCUCUGUAUUAUUUACAGGUACAGUUGCUCUCUCGCAGUCACAAUAAGGUACCGCUUAUGUCCGUAAAGCACUUUAACUCUUUUAAUUUUCAAUUUGACCUGUUUAAUUUCAACUUAAACUGUCUUUAGUGUUUUAUGCCACAUUCUCCACUCCAUUUCUCAUUUUUUUGCAGCGAUGAUGAGAAAAGAUGGGGAGAAAAGGGUGUUGACCCACUUUCCUGAGAUUGUUGCGUGUGUGAGCGCUGACUUUGGAAAUCAGUUUUCUCUUUGAUGUGCAACUGUAUCGCCUUAGAAAAGCCAAGAUACACUGACUGGCCAAAAAAAAGUCGUUGUUUGGAUUUAAAUAGGCAAAUGUAAGAGUCCAUGAUUGGAUCAUGCAGUGAUUAUGUUUCUAGCAUGUUAUAUAUUGGGCAAAGGUUCUUGCAUCGCCAAUACAAGAUCUUGACCAAAAAUCGAUAGAAAUCAAGAGUUGUUGUGAUGUCGUUUCUAAGGUCUUGUAUUGAGUCCAGCGCUCUGUAAAGUUUCCUCCUGCCCAUCACAUUGACUUUCAAUGAAUUUUUGGUCUAGACACAGAGUUGCCAAUUCAUGUGUGAAAAUGAUUCUUCAUGCUCCUCCCAACCAUUCUUUCACAAUUUGAGCCUGAUGAAACUUGACAUUGUCAUCCUGGUAUAUGGUUAUGAUGUGUCUUUCUACAUGGUUGUCUCCAUCAAUUAGGAUUAGAAGAACUGUUUCCAAACAUAUAACAUGCUAGAAACAUAAUGUAAAUCCAAACAGUGACUUUCAGAGCAUCUGAUAGUUGGUCUCAUCAGGAAAACGUUUUUGCCGCGGUGCUCUAAUCCGCCUGAGAAAUGUGGAAGUGGGAUUUGCUGGAGUACUCCAAAGGGAACAGCCUCAGCCCUCAGGGAGAUAUGCACUAGAUUUCGAGGACAGAGCACUAGCUGUUGUGGUUGGCUGGCAUUUAUUGAACGAUGUUGCUAUUGGCAAAACUCUGCACGGGAUUGUGUGAAACGCACGUCAUAAUCUCUGCAAAGUAAAACCAACAGCCCGCAGAGAAAGAACUUAGAAAGGACUCCUCACAUGUGUUGCCAGGCAGCCGUUAGAUCCCGCUUCGAGCUCUUCUGUGUUAAUAAUUGAAUAUUGUGAAGUUAAGGACUGCGUGUUUUGGGCUUUUCAGUUAAGUUGUUUUUUGUUUAGGUGGGAGUGCAGUCAUGUUUUCUCUAGCCAUUUCUGUUAUCGAGACCUACUUUCGCCUGAUUAAGUUAAAAGCAAAAUGUUUAACUUAUUAACCUUUAAUCUGCUGGUCUCAGCAAAGUUUCCAAUCACAUGAAGUAUUCGAACCUUUUCCCCUGUUUUAUUUCUUGUGUCUCAUUCGUGAAAGAUGAGCAGAGCAGAUUUUGUACAUUUAUCAUUAAAAGGUUUUGGGUCGGAAAGAUUUUUUAUGUUUUUGAAAGAAGUCUUACAUGAUCACAAUUUUUUUUUUUAAAUUUAUUUAAUUUUAU